UUUUUCUUUCGCGAUGUUCAUUCACCGCGUGCUGUUUUGUUUAUUAUUCAUUUUAAUCCUUUCCGUAAGAUUUCACAGCUGAAUUUGUGUAAAGACGUCGGUUUUUUGUGUUUUAUUGUAACAGGAGUCGCAAGUUGGAUUUUUACAACCGAUUUCACUUGGCAAAAGCAAAGCCGAGUGGGAGAGGCGUUUAAACCCCGGAGAGCAGUUGUUCCAGAUCAAUAAUUUCCAGAUGGAGUGGUGGGGCACUGCGUUGGAGUUGGGCGAGGUAGGGAUUGAAAUGGAUCUGCACACGGCAUCUUCCCUGGGUUACCUUGAUGUCGUUGAGAAGCUACUCGGGAGCGGUAGAAACGUAAACGAGAAAAACGUAUCCGGCUGGACGCCAAUCAUGUACUCCUGCGUGUACAAAAGGGUGGAACUUGUUAAAUUCCUCAUCGCGAAAGGAGCCGACAAGCGAGUUGUCACCGGUUGUGGGAGGACGCUUUUUAUUCUGGCAGCCAUAGCAGGCAACAUAGAAAUAGCAACUGAUGUUUUUAUUAAGGAACUCCUAGAUGCUUGUGAUCAAUUUGGAAAAAAUGCCAUAAAAUACGCAACCGAGCAUGAGAACAUGGAUAUUGUAUCGUUCAUUUUAACGCAGAUAAAUCAGCCAGAAACACUGAUGGGAAAUAAUAGGAAUAUAAUCGACAUGCAUUUACAAUACGAGAACGGAUACAACGUGCCAGGUCAUAAAUCAUUGGAGGAACUUCUACGAGAAUACGGCCUGGAAAAAUACUGGACGAUAUUUAAGAGCAAUAAUAUAACUUUAAUGCAGUUCUUACACAUGACUGAACCAGAUAUGAAACAAAUAGGCAUCAGUACUCUCGGAGCGAGAAGAAAGCUGUCACGACUGAUUCUCAAUUUGAAGAUAGGAGUGUGAUUCUUAAUAUAACAAAAACAUUAUUUUAAUCAAAAGUGUAAUAUUAAUAUAUUUAUAUAACAAGAAAAAAAAUUUUGUAUU